UAGUCUGUGUAAAUCAGUUUUUAUUCAAGCACGCUAGGGGCGUCGCUAGACCCUUUUUACUGGCGCACGUGCCCCAGUAUACAUUUCAAGUUUAAGUUUUAACAAUUUACUUUAUUUGUCAGUGUAAUCAUUUACAUUAGCGUCAAAAACGGAUCUAUAUGCAACAUAGUAACCUAAUUCACUCUUGUAAAAGCGACGCAGUCGCGCACUUUAACCGGUCCGAAAACACAAACUCGUGCCGUAUUUUCGCGCAGAAAUCUAUGUCCGUGCGCGUCUGUGUGUUUCCUUCUUGCAAAAACUGCAUCAGGCGCGCAAGGGUGACGACACGCGACUGGUGUAGGCUAUGAAAACAUGACGAAACUAAAGUAAGUUUCUAAAUAAUAUCAAUCAUCUUAGUUUGACUCGAUCAUUAACAGCCCCUGAAGAUGGACAUCAGAAUUGGUUUGUGCAAAGCAGGGAAAUGGAAGCAGAAAGGAGAUGAUGAGUUUGAGGCAGACAGUAUUUCUUGUUUUCGGUCGAGAAAAGCAACGGCACAAGUUUAGUGCAGAGAGCUGUGCAAGUUUACCCAACGGAGAAUCCUGUUACGAGGGAUGCUGCGAUUGCAACAGGAAAUGUGACAAAAAAUUCAGUCAAUCUCGAGAUGCAAUCCACUCUUGUACCAGCUAUGGACAAGCACAAUUUUACCUCUCUGCCACAAUGGGAAUUUGAUGAUCUGUAUCGAUUGGAUCCACAGUUUAAUCAGAGUGUAUGCACAACCUCCUUGCGGAAUUCCACAGAUCCCUUAUUUAGCAAGACGUUUAUCCCAAACCUUCAGCUGUUUUUACAAAGUGAUCACCUUAAUGUUAGUGAGUGGAACAGGCUUUAUCACUUUAACAAUCCCUUUGGCUAUAUGGGAGUCAAUUACACAGCCAUAAAAGCAGCUGUUGAUACCAUCCCAAAACUUAGUUCUACCCAAAUAUUGCAAGUAGCCACAGACGCAGAAGAUGGCUGUAUUCGCUGUGCUGUUGUUGGGACAUCAGGCAUUCUCAAUGGCUCCGGACUGGGAACAGAGAUUGACUCUAAUCAUUAUGUGUUCAGGAUGAAUGCUGCUAUUAUAGCAGGGCAUGAGGAGGAUGUUGGAAAAAGGACUUCAGUUUAUGUGCACACAGCACAUUCCUUAAUCAGCUCCUUAAUAUUACACAAAAAGAGAGGUUUCACACAGAUUCCUACUGACAAGGACAUUAAAUAUGUUUUAAUCCCAGAGGGUCCAAGAGACUACAACUUUCUGGAGUCCCUCAUGAAGGACAGAAGUAUACCAUCAGGAGAAUAUCGUAAACGAACGCCAAGGAAUUACUACAGCGGGCAUUUCAAUGAAAGUUCCUACUAUGUCCUACAUCCAGACUUCCUCAGAUAUGUGCGGAACCGGUUUCUUAAGGCAAAACGAUUACGAACUAAAAGAUGGUGGGUGGUCAGACCCACUAAUGGAGCCUUUACUCUUCUGCUGGCUAUGCACAUGUGUGACAUUGUGAGAGUCUAUGGUUUUAGCACAGCUGACCAUUGGAAAUAUCCAAACUACUACUAUGACACCAAACACACUAAAAUGGUGUUUUUUGAAAAUCACGAUUAUCGCUUGGAGAUGCAAACCUGGAGGAAACUUCAUGAUGACAAACAUAUCUGGUUGUAUCUGAGAAAUUCUGAUAGCUAGGUGGGAAUGGGAAUUUCCUUGAAGCACUUAAACAAGUCUAAAUAAAUGUUAUUCCACAAUGAGAUAAAGGGUUGGGAAAAUCUGUAUUGUUGUGACUUGUUGCACAUCAUUAAAUAAAUAAAUAA